AUGUUUUGUAUUAAUGAUAACCCAGAAUCCAUAAGUACCUUUAGUGGUAUUAAUUUCAAUGUGGAGAAAUAUUGUAAAGAUUUAGAUAUAAAAUUGAGUCAAUAUGAUUAUAUUAAGAUGAUAUGUAAUUAUAUUGGAUGUCGUCCAAGCUAUCUACUUGUAACUUUGUCACUUAUUUUAAUAAUAACAGUUGCUAUGGGUUAUGCAGGAGCAUUAAUAUGCAAUUUAAUUGGUUUCGUAUAUCCAGCAUAUAUGAGCUUUAAGGCAAUAGAGACUCCAGAUAAGAUGGAUGAUAAACAAUGGCUAACAUAUUGGGUUGUAUAUGCAAUAUUUAAUAUUGUUGAAGCAUUUACUGAUCUUAUUUUAUUCUGGAUACCAUUCUACUAUUUAGGGAAAUUGUGCUUCUUAUUUUGGUUAUUUUUGCCAGAAAUGAAGGGUGCUGAAGUUUUAUAUUUAAAUUUAUUUAGACCAAUAUUACUAAAAUUUCAGAAUAAGAUAGAUAAGGCACUUGAUGGUGUUAUGGAUGUGUCACAUGCUGCAAAGAUAGUUGCUCAACGUUAUUCUAGUCACUUGACAUCUAAAAAGGAAAAUAAAAUAGAAUAA